AUGUACCGCUCGACUAAGGGAGCCUCCAAGGCCAGACGGGACCAGAUCAACGCGGAGAUCCGCAACCUGAAGGACUUGUUGCCCAUCUCCGAGGCGGACAAAGCCAAGCUGUCGUACCUUCACAUCAUGUCGCUGGCGUGCAUGUACACCAGGAAAUCCGUCUUCUUCUCAUCGCCAGAGGCCGGAAGCGCAUCAGCGGAGCCGAGCGCCCGCUUCCUGUCCAUGCCCGAGCUGUCCGACCUGAUGCAGGCCCUGCCGGGCUUCCUCAUGCUGCUCACCGCCGAGGGGAAGCUGCUCUACCUGUCCGACACCGUCUCGGACCACCUGGGUCACUCCAUGGUGGACUUGGUGGCGCAGGGAGACAGCGUGUAUGACAUCAUUGACGCUUCAGAUCAGUUGACUGUCAGAAAUUAUCUCUCCAGCACAACCUCCCCCGAGAUGGAUCGGUUGUUCCGCUGCCGCUUCAACACCUCCAAGUCGGUCCGCAGGCAGAGCGCCGGGAACAAGUUGGUUCUGAUCCGAGCUCGCUGCCUCUUCGCUCCCUCCCCUUCGCCCUCCGCCGCUGGGGCCGGCAGCGCCGCGGCCGGAUCCUACUGGACCUCUAAUCCGGUCUGGGUGUGUUUUUGCACGCCUUUGGAGAGCCACCCCGCCCGCUGCGGACCGGAGAGCACAUCUGGCGGACCCCAGCUGGCCGACACCAACCUGUUUUUGGAAGGGUUUCACUCCCAGCACGGGCGAGACAUGAGGCUGCGCGCUGCAAAUGACAGUGUGCACUCUUAUCUGGGCUACGACGCGGCCAUGUUAUCCGCCUGCUCCUGGUACAGCCUCCUCCACCCGCACGAUCUGUCACACGCCUCCGCUCAGCACCGCAGCCUGCUGCGAGAGGGAGGAGAAGGCCGAGCCGAGAUGGUCGUGCGCCUGCAAGCUCGGGACCAGACGUGGGUUUGGCUCUACAUGGUGCUCCAGCUCCAGCCCGGAGACGUCCCCAUCAGCAGCAGCAACUACGUCAUCAGCGAGUCCGAGGCCUGGUCAGUGCGUCAACAGCUGAGCUCCGAGCAGACUCAGCUGAGUCUCGUCCUGAGCUCCGGCCCCUCCCAGCAGGAAAGCCUCCAGUCCCCCGACACCCUGUCCAGCCCUGACCAGGUUUUCACACCGGGCAGCAGCGGCCUGUCGGGCCAGUCCUUCGACUUCAGCACGGCGGGCUGCAGCGUGGCCUCCUCCGACGAGCGGGCGAGCUCCGCGACGGAGGCGAUGCAGGUGGAGGGGGAGCCUCGCUCCAGCAUCUCGUCCCUGGAGGAGGAGGCCUUCUUCCAGCCCCCUCCGGUCUGCAGCCCCUCGACGGCGCCCUCUCCGACUCCUGUCACGGUGGAGACCGUGUCCGAUUUGGACUUUUUAACCCAGAACAUCCUCAUGCCGCCCUCGUUCGAGUUGGACCCCCCUUUGCCGGCUCUUCCCUUGCCGCUCCCGCCGGUGCCCACCUCGCAGGCUCAGCAGACCAAAGAGUUUGUCUGCACGCCUCCGUACACCCCCCACAUUGGAGGGGCUAGCUUCCCGUUCGGAGAACCCCUCUUCAGCUUCGACCCCACCGGCACGACCACGCCCCCGCCGUCCGCCACCACGGCGACGGCCACCACCUCCAUGGCCGCUUCCGCUUCCUCCGCAGCGCCGCCUGCCACCACCGCCUCCAGCCCCGCGCCCCCCACCACCCUGUCCACCAAGAUCCCCCUCAGUCUUCCCAACCUGUCCACCGAACUCCUCUUCGCGGCGGAUCCCUGCUGCGGAGGCCUGUACGAGAAACUGCCCCCCACGCCAGACAGCCCGGGGGACGGCGACUGCACGGUGAUGACCCUCCCCGAGGUUCGGGGUCCACUCUACGUCGACGUGCCCCUGGGGCCUCUUCAGUGUCCCCCCGAGGGGCUCCUCACGCCCGAGGCGUCGCCAGGAAAACAACCUUGCCUCUCUUUCUUCUCCCUGGAGAGAGAGCGGGAUAAGGAGAGGGCGGAGAUCUCCCUGCUGGCCCAGCACAUCAGCUCCCUGGCGGAGGGCUUCUACCUGGACCCCCUCCUGUCCAAGCUAUCCCCUACGUCCAUGUCCCCCUUGUCCAACCCUCCAUCCCCCUUCCAAGCUCCCGCCGAGAUGCUUCGGGAAUUUUAUCCCAUCAAAGCGUGGCGAGGCCUGGACAUCCCCCUGUUCCUGGAGGACGAGACCUCUCUGUUUGAAGAGAGCAUCCUAGACACCUUCCUCCAAGACGCGGCCCCUCAGCCGCCCUCACCGAUCCCCGACCCGGACCCACCGAGCCCGGUCUCUCCGCAGACACCAGUGCGCUGGCACCAAGCCUCCCAGUUUGGGGAAGCGGGCCAAUUCUGUAGCGUCCAAUCGGCGCAAGCUAACUCGGCGGACGGGCGCGGGGAGACCGACAAGGCCGCAACGGAGGAGGAGACGACGGAGGAAGCCAUGGAAACGGAGGUGGCGUCAUCUCCCGUGACCUCGUGUUCCUCCAUACCGGCUUCUCCUCCCCUCAUCCUCACCGCCUCGCCGGGGCCCGCCAGCGCCGCCUCCACCACGCCGGUCGUCUCCCCCGCACCCGCCGCCUCCCGCGCUCAGUCCCUCCUGGAGGAACUGGCCGUGCUGGAGCCCAUGUUUGGGGCAGGUGCCUCGAUCGCCCCCGGUUUAGGGCAACAACCUGAGUUGUAUCAACUCCAGUGUCAUCCAUCGCCACAGUGCUUCCACAAAGAUGGGAGUGGAAGCAUCCCUCCGUUCUAA